CCCGCCGCCGCCGCCCGGCAGGCCGCGCUGCCGGAAGUUCCGGGCUGCGGCCGUGCGGGAUAAACAGUAAUGGCCGAGGCGGUGGCGCUGGGCACGGCGGCGGGCGCCGCGGCGGCGGUAGCAGCGGUGGCAGCGGCGGCAGCAGCCUUGGGGCCGAGCGCCGCCGCCGCGGCGACCGCGGAGGAGACGGGCACGCUGUUCGGGCCCGCGGCCGUGCCGCCGCUCGCCGUGGGGCCGGGAGGCGGCUGGACCAAGCAGGUCACCUGCAGGUAUUUCAUGCAUGGAGUUUGCAAGGAAGGAGACAACUGUCGCUACUCCCAUGACCUGUCCACUAGUCAGUCUGCCAUGGUGUGCAGGUAUUAUCAGCGAGGAUGCUGUGCUUACGGAGAUCAUUGCAGAUAUGAACACACCAAGCCACUGAUACAGGAAGAAGAUGUGACUACUGUGAAUCCAGAUGAAAAAAUUUAUCCCUCAGUAUCUUCAGACCUUGCAUCAUUCCCUGAUGAAACCAUUGAAGAAGAAAUUGUUGAGUUAGAACCUGAAGAUUUAGAUCUGGCAGCUGCAGGAGUAGGUGUUGAAGACUGGGUGAAUGCUGUAGAAUUUGUCCCUGGGCAGCCAUACUGUGGACGUGCUGCUACUUCCUGCACUGAGUUACCCUUGGAUGGAAUGGUGAUUGAGGAAGAAUAUGAGAAGCAGGAAGAAAAUGAGGAGAUGAAGAAGCAGCUAUGCCCCUACGCCGCAGUAGGAGAAUGUCGUUAUGGAGAAAACUGCGUAUAUAUCCAUGGGGAUGUGUGUGAUAUGUGUGGGCUGCAGGUCUUGCAUCCGAUUGAUGCUGCCCAGAGAUCCCAGCACAUAAAGUCUUGCAUUGAAGCUCACGAGAAGGACAUGGAGCUUUCAUUUGCCGUCCAGCGUAGUAAAGACAUGGUGUGCGGGAUAUGCAUGGAGGUGGUGUAUGAAAAAGCUAAUCCUAGUGAGCGCCGCUUUGGGAUCCUCUCCAACUGCAACCACACUUACUGUCUCAAGUGCAUCCGCAAGUGGAGGAGUGCUAAACAAUUUGAGAGCAAGAUUAUAAAGUCCUGCCCAGAAUGUCGGAUCACAUCUAACUUUGUCAUUCCAAGUGAGUACUGGGUGGAGGAGAAGGAAGAGAAGCAGAAACUCAUUCAGAAAUACAAGGAGGCAAUGAGCAACAAGCCAUGCAGGUAUUUUGACGAAGGCCGUGGGAGCUGUCCGUUUGGAGGGAACUGUUUUUACAAACAUGCAUAUCCUGAUGGCCGUCAAGAGGAGCCGCAAAGACCCAAAGUAGGAACGGCAAGUAGAUUUCGGGCCCAGCGAAGGAAUCGGUUCUGGGAGUUCAUCGAGGAGCGAGAGAAUGGUGAUCCAUUUGAGACCGAUGAAGAUGAGGUGGUGACCUUUGAGCUUGGUGAGAUGUUGCUCAUGCUGUUGGCAGCAGGAGGUGAUGAUGAGCUAACAGAUUCCGAGGAUGAGUGGGACUUGUUUCAUGAUGAGCUGGAAGAUUAUUAUGACUUGGAUCUAUAGCACCUGUCAGUGGAGUGUGGACUGUUGUCUUGGCUUCAGGCAGUAGCUAUUACCUGUGGUGUUGUGGCAGUGCCUGUGUUUCUCCUAGGCAGGCCUAUCAAUUCCAGGUGCUGUUGUAAUAACUUUUACCCAGGGUCUGUCUCUUCCCACCCCUCCCAUCCCAGGAGUGUUGUUUUUCCUCUGUUUAAACAAAUAACAAGAAAUCUUCAAAAUGUUAGUUUUUGUAAAAAUGAAUUUAACUGUCAAACAGUUAGCUUAGGUUUGUGCUUCAUCUAUGUACCCAACAGAGCUCACCCAGUUCCAGGGUUAAAGUGUUUACAGGACUUCCACACUCAUUUUGAAGAGCCCAGAUACAAAAAUGAGCAGUGGCCAUGCAGUGGGGAUGUAAAUUGGCUGAUGGCCGUUCUUCUGUCCUUAGAUCAAUAUUUCUGACUUCAGACCAGAUACAAAUAAACCUGUUCUGGCAUCAGCUCCGUUCCAGCCCCCUCAUGUACACAUCUUCAUUUGUGAUUUUGGUCUCUUGUUUACUUGCACAUUACUAUUACUACUGUGUAACCAGAACCAGGUGUGAAUGUUCCGGGUUUUUACUGUGUCUAGCAUGAAAGGAUAAUGUCUUAGUGAAAGGAGAACUUCUAUGUGUAUAUACAGAUAAAUGUAGAGUUGGACCUCAAGGCUGGGGAGACUCUGUAUAAGUUAAAAAUAAUAAGACCACCUUUCAUCCCCUCUUGGUGCAUGAAGUCUAGCCUCCAAUUGGACAUGAAACUGGUUUAGUGGUCUCAGCUCAGUCUUUGCAAUGAUCUUAACUAUCAUGUGUAACUCCUUAAUACACCACCUCUCUUUCAUGUGUAUUAUUAGGGUUGUCCAGGAGCAGAAAUCUGGUUAGCCAAGGUGGGGUCGGAGGAACGCUAGAGAGGCCCCUUUAGCUAUAUUGUUCUUUAAACUUUAGAACUUGGUGCAACCACUUAAGCCGUGAGCUUUCCUAGGAAAUCAGAGUGCCUCUCAGCUGGGUUGAGGUACGCGUGCCCUUCAGCGCCUGAGUUGGGUGGGUUGCCUGGUGAAGCUGUUCGGCUUACGUGAGUUACUGCUUAUGAAGUCAGUCAUGCAGUUUUGGGCUGUAAUUUGCAUUGAGAAAUUACUUUGCCACCAAAGCUCCAGUACAGGAAUUUUAACCUUGCAUUACAUUAUUGCUGUCUUUUAUUGACUCGUGGAUGCCCCGUGAUCUGUUCUCCUGCUGCUCUUGUCCCCUAGACUGCCUCUCCUUUCACUUUUAAUUGGAAUGAGAAAUUGUUCUGAGGUCUACAAUGUAAUGUUUUGCAGCUGCCUUUUGUAAGAAGCACUUUUCCCAAAUAAAAACAAACAAAAAAAACACACAAAAAAAGCAAACAAAAAACCCCCCCAAAAUUAAAUGAGGUCUGUCUGUUCUUUUAAGUUUGAAGCUUCUGUAUUUUAGCUUGAUGAUCUGGGGGGAGGGGUGGCGGUGGCAUGUGUUUGUGUAAUACAAAGGCAUUUGUCACUUAUUCUUAACUCCUGCAGAAUGGUGUCACAGUAACGUGAAGUUUUAACUUUGUUAUAACCUUUCCAAAAAAGCGCCUGUAAUGUAAAGAACACGUUCUGAACGGAUAGCUGAGACCACUGAACAGCCGGAGGAACAGAUCAGCCCUUAGUGAGAACAGAGGUGGCUACUGUCUGCACUAUGGUAUAACUUCUAUUUGUCCUGAGCCAAGUCAGCUGCAGCACGUACUCUAUUGAUAGUUUCCUGUCAUAAUGCUAUUUGUACAGUAAGCCUGAGCAUUGCCUGGGAAUCCACAUGCUUCCUUAAGCCUGUGUGUGUUCAGAAAGAAGUGUUCUGUUGAACUGCAUAAAUACAGUAGUUACCUACUAGAAAUGUACUCAGACUUGUUGAGGAAUGUGACUAUGAAAAGAUGAGCCGAACAGUCUACAACCAUUGUCAGCUUUUCUUUUAAAGGAAACAUAGUAUAUAUUGAAUAAAUACCUAAGAUACAGAAACUGAA